AUGAACGAGGUCUUAUGCCCGUUCAUGGGGAAGUUCGUUGUCGUCUACUUCGACGACAUCUUGAUUUACAGCCGCACACGAGACGACCAUCUCCAGCACUUGCGACAGGUCUUUGCCGCGCUUCGGAGGGAGAAGCUAUAUGCUCACCCGAAGAAGUGUAGUUUCUUUACGACUGAGGUUUCCUUUCUUUGAUUCAUCGUUUCAGCACAAGGAGUUUCUGCCGACCCUGACAAGGUCCGCGCCAUCAUCUCUUGGCCUCGACCGGCCAACGUUCAUGAGACUCGGAGCUUCAUCGGGUUGGCGACGUUUUACCGCCGCUUCGUACAGAACUUCAGCUCUGUUACAGCACCCAUCACCAACUGCCUCAAGAUGGAUCCAUUUCAAUGGACAGAGGCAGCCGUCAGGCCUUCGAGAGAGUGA